AUGCGGCUCAUCUCUUCACCACCGACACAGGAGCAGGAGGGAAUGACUCACUUCCUGCUGAAGGCUCCACAUAGGAGGCAGCUGAAUGAAGUGAGACAUGGAUAUCUGGGAAUCACACGGCCCCUCACCUACCCAGCCCGCCAGAACGGUCAGUUGAUGGCGAAGAUGAUCUUGGGAGUGUGGCUGGUGUCAGCUUCCAUCACCCUCCCACCUUUCUGCGGCUGGGCUAAAAAUGUCCACACAGCCAGUGUGUGCCUCAUUAGCCAAGACUUUGGCUACACCAUCUAUUCCACAGCUGUAGCCUUCUACAUACCUAUGCUGGUCAUGCUGGUCAUGUACUACAAGAUCUUCAAGGCAGCUCGCAAGAGCGGCGCCAAGCACCGCUUCACUGAUAUUUCACGCCGCGAGCGCCUCGAAACAGUGGCUAAUGAGACGCUGCGAAUGCAGGGCCUGAAACCGCCCGGUGUGACAGAGGAGUGUGUAUCCUUGUCCCGCCUGCUGAACCGUGAACGCAGAAACAUCUCCAUCUUCAAGCGAGAGCAGAAAGCAGCGACAACUCUGGGGGUGAUCGUGGGGGUAUUUGCUGUGUGCUGGCUGCCAUUCUUCAUCCUGUCCACUGCCAGGCCCUUUAUCUGUGGAGUGGAGUGUAGCUGCGUGCCCAUCUGGCUGGAGCGCACUCUGCUCUGGUUAGGCUACGCCAACUCAUUAAUGAACCCGUUCAUCUACGCCUUCUUCAACCGAGAUCUGCGAUCCACUUAUCGUGACCUUCUCCGCUGUCGAUAUCGCAACAUCAACCGUCGACUGUCUGCCGUGGGUGUGCAUGAGGCUCUAAAGGUUUAAAGCAGCAGCUUAUAUUGACUCUCCAAAAGUGUGGUGUGGUGGCCCUGUGCUUGUACACUUGGUGCUUAAAGGGCGACGUGUACUGUACACAGCAGGCCUUUAGAUAAGACAAAGACUGACAGAAUGGGAGUCACUGUUGGUGGCUCUAUGGCACCGUCGCAAAGGCAGAAAGACAGCACGAUCACUCUAGUGUGUGUGUGACUCAGUCAUUCUAUUUUGGGAAAGAAAAUCAUAGAGCGUACUUGAUGGGCUAUUCAAGUCGACACUGCUUUUGUGCAUAUGCCACAAUUCCGUCCUGGCUCCGGAUUUAUGGUAGGAUAAUGUAGUGACAAAGGAAAUGACAUGUAAACACAAUAAAUCAUCCUAGGGCUUUCAAAUGGAACAGAAAGCAAACAGAUUUCUGUAUAAUAACAAAAUUGAUGUUUGAAACAUUUCUUUUGUUUUCAAUGUCUUCUGAACAUCUUUAUCUAAACAUGCAUUUGAGCACAUCCCAGAUUCAUUUCAACCAGAAAGUGAACACUUGGAGGUGUAUUGUGCUUUGUGCCAAGAUUAAAUAUAAUUUAUAUCACUUUACCUCUAGUCAUAUCUUUCAGUUUGGACCUCUGACUAAAUUUAACAGGAGCACCUUAAAUAUUUCACAAAUGUUUAAUAUGUGGUGAUGCCAAGGGAAUGGAGGUGGGUGGAAAAUGGUGUUAAAAUGCAUCUUCCAUUCAUUAAAUCUCAGUGUUUGUUGCUAUAAAAAGAAACGGAAAGUGGUUUGUUUAGUGUCUGCAUGAAACAUAUUUGUCUUACAUGCCACUGUAUACAUAGAUCAUAAGAGAUUUUGAGUAGUAAGUGACAGCUCGGCAGAAGUGUUUCCAUGUUCAACUUUAUUGCACACUUGAACUCAAAAUGAACUCAAUACUGUAUGUGUCAGAAACCAUGAUACUGUGGACUUUUUUCACUUGUUAUUUUGCCUUCAUUCCACAUUUGGCUGCUGACCUUAUUGGAACCUAUUGAACUCAGUUUCACUUUCGGAAUUUACAUGUUCUUGAGACUCUUUUGCUCCACUGGUUGUCAACAGUGUUUCUAUCUCCCUUUUGAACCAGGAUGUGGUCACUGCCAUCCUGACCACACUCCAGUUUGAACUCUUUGGUGACCUGUAUGAACCUGUGUCAUAUCAGUCAUCGGUUGAGCAGUGUGUGCUUUUUCUACCUCGAUUUUUGAGAACACUGUACAUUUCCUCCAAACAGAUGUUCCGCUGUCUUGCAUCAUUUUGUAAUUAACUGCUGUUUUAUAUUGUGGAAUAUCGAUCUGUUGACAACUGCUCUGUGAUUGCUCUGUCUGACUGCUUUGUCGUUACCUUCAGAAAGAAGCUGGGGAAGUGGCAAAACAUUUCAUCACUUUGUAAAUA